ACUCUGUCUUCUUCCCCCCUCCUUGAGGCCGCUCUCCAUCGUCUUGCAGCUUCCCUGCCGCUCUCUUCCGGGCAGCCCCCACCCAUGCAGCCCCCAGCAUGUGUAGCCCCCCACCCGUGCUGCUCUCCAUCUCUGUCCAUGUGCCUCUUGCACCCCCAUGACCCCCCCACCCUCUGCACCUCUAUUUAACCCCCCUGAAGCCACCUCGCCAUGCAUCCCCUCUCUCUCUGAGUACCUCUGCAUCCACACUGCAUCCCUCUCUCUGUGCUCAGCCUUGCUGGCUGCCCCCUGCUCUCUGCCCUCCUGAUGCUGCACCCCAAAAAUCUGUCUCCUCUCCCAAUUGUGCUAUGCUUUUUUUUUUUUUUUUCCCUUUAAUAUUUUUUUCCUUACUUCACCCCAAAUCCUUCCCACAGCCCUUGACACGCUCUCAGCAGCCUGCAAGGUGUACCAGGAGGGCCAUGCAUGGACACCCGGAGUCCUGGUAGAGCUGGGAUGCCCCCUAUCCUCAUCCACAGCUCCACUGCUGGCAGCUGGUGACUGACGGCUGCCCCGCUCCUGCCACGAUGGCGACGCCGGACGUCAGUGUCCACAUGGAGGAGGUGGUGGUGGUGACCACGCCGGACGGCGCGGUGGACGGCGGUGGCAUGGAGGAGGUGAAGACAGUGCUGGUCACCACCAACCUAUCCCAGCAUGGUGGUGACAUCAACGAAGACACUCUGGAGACUGAAAAUGCAGCUGCUGCAGCUGCUGCUGCCUUCACAGCCUCCACAGACCUGAAGGAAGCGGUUCUAGAAGUGAAGAUGGCUGAAGAUGAGGAGAGUUUGGAGGCAGAGAUUGUCUACCCCAUCACCUGCGGGGACAGCAAAGCCAACCUCAUCUGGAGGAAGUUUGUGUGCCCUGGGAUCAAUGUGAAGUGUGUGCAGUUUCACGAUCACCUAAUCAGCCCCAAGGAGUUUGUCCACCUGGCAGGCAAGUCAACCUUGAAGGAUUGGAAGCGGGCGAUCCGGAUGAACGGGAUCAUGCUCCGGAAGAUUAUGGACUCAGGAGAGCUGGAUUUCUACCAGCACACAAAGGUCUGUUCCAACACCUGCCGGAGCACCAAAAUUGACCUGACUGGAGCCAGGGUGUCCCUGACCAGCCAGACAUCGACAGAGUACAUCCCUCUGACUCCUGCCUCUGCCGAUGUGAACGGAUCCCCGGCUACAAUAACCAUAGAAACAUGCGAGGAUGCCAGUGAUUGGACCACCAGCAUUGGAGAUGACACCUUUGCUUUUUGGCAAGGUCUGAAGGACAGUGGUCUCCUGGAAGAAGUGAUCCAUGAGUUCCACCAGGAGCUGGUGGAGACCAUGAAAGGCUUGCAGCAGCGAGCACAGGAUCCCCCGCUGCAGCUCGGGGAUGCUGUUUUACUCAACAACGUUGUCCAGAACUUUGGGAUGCUGGAUCUGGUCAAGAAGGUCCUGGCCAGCCACAAGUGCCAGAUGGAUCGCUCAAGGGAGCAGUACACACGGGAUUUGGCAGCUCUGGAGCAGCAGUGUGACGAGCACCGCAAGCGAGCGAAGGAGCUGAAGCACAAAGCACAGCAUCUCAACAAUGUCCUGAUGACCCUCACACCCGUCUCCGUUCCCACACCUCUGAAACGCCCCAGGCUGACCAGGGCCACCUCUGGACCAGCUGCCAUCACCUCCCAAGUCCUGUCCCAGCCAGCACAGCUCGCUGUCACCUCUGGCAUGCCAGUGUCCCAGGUUGCCAAUCUCCCUCUCGGCAAAGUGGUCUCGGCCCUCCCUCCUUCGGUGCUGGGGAAGAGCCCAGCUCAGCCCCCCGCCGCCAGCUCCCCGGCCUCCCCUCUGCUGGGGGGGUACACGGUGCUGGCCUCUGCCGGCUCCACCUUCCCCAGCACGGUGGAGAUCCACCCGGACGCUUCCAACCUGACGGUGCUGAGCACGGCUGCGGUCCAGGACGGCAGCACGGUGGUGAAGGUGAUGAGCCCCUUCCAGCUCCUGACGCUUCCAGGACUUGGCACAGCCAUCCAGAACGUGACACAAAUAGCUCCCAGUGGGAGCACGGUCGUGACUGUCCCGUCCGGUGCCACCGAGGCUGCCGGGGACGAGCAUGCUGCCGCCGCCAUCGAGGUGACCGCAGUGGCUGAUGAGGCGGAGCAGAAGUGAGAGGGGGGACUUGCCUGGAGGGACGCUGGCCGUGCCACUCUGGGGGGAACUGCCUCUUCUCUGGCUGCGCUGUGGGACGAGGAGUGGUGUCAUGAGGGGCACGGGCUAACAAGACUCAGAGCAGCUCGUGUUGGGAGCGAGGAAGUUCAGGUCAGAGGGAAGGAGGGGGGAGGAAGGAUGCCUGGAGAAGGGAAAGGCAGAAAUGCUCUGCCUUGUUUGGAGGAGGGAAGAAAAAAAAGCUUAUUUUUUUAUCAAGCUUUCCUCCCCUAUUCUCUUGGAAUAGUUUUCCUGCUCUGGGUCAUCAGCCCAGCCUUGUUGGCACAGCUGGAGCAGCAUCCAUCGGAGAAGUGGGCAGGAGCAGGGAGAAGGCCGUAGCAAAAGGAAGCUGCCAAGGGGGUCUGGUGUGCAGGGAGCUGGCUGCUCCCCAUUCCUAGGGGGCUGCAGGAGUGGAGAGGGAUGCCAAGAGCAGGUAUUCUGUGGAUGUGUACAAUCACUGACACCAGGAAGGGCUCUGGCAGCAUGGGCACAGGCCCUGGGAGGUCGGGUGGUGUGUGUGACACCGGUUUUGGGUGGCAGAAACAAGUGGGAGCUAUUCAGACAGUGGACAUGAUGGUUGCCCUGGUCUGCUGAGGAAGGAGCAAGAACAGAGGAACCCACAGGGCUGAGAAGAGCUGUGACUUCUGAGGAUUUAGGGUCUUUUUCUAGUUUUCUCAAAAGAAAAAAUAAAAAAUCCAUUCUUGGGAUUUUUUUAAGCCAACGGCGAUUUUUAAGCAAAGCCCUGGUUGGGAAGCUCGUUCUGCACAGCAGAGCUGUGCUGCAGAGCGUGCAGAGCUGAGCCCCACAGAAGUGCUCAAGGAACUCACACUUCCUCACAAGUGGGGACCCUGCUGUCCCAGCAUCCCGUGGGAGCUGGGCACUGCCAUUCCCUCCCUGCUGGGUUCAAGCAGCUGUUCUGUAACGGGGUGGUCGAGCCCCCAGUUCUCCUUCAGCCACCCCACUCACUGCAACUCUCACCAGGUCCCAUCCCAGGGCCUGUGUGUCUCACACUGUCUCCGGCUGGAAGGAGUCGGGUGCUUGGAGUGUUGGGGUUUCUCCAAACUUGAUCUGGCAACAGCAGCAACAACAGGUCACUUUAUUGAGUAAUAAAUAUUUUUUUGAAAGAA